CUCUGAAUUUCGUUUCUGUGUUUUUUGUUUUUUUUCCGGUGCUCUCAGCUGAAGCCAGUCUGCUGGCAGCGGCUCAGCGCUCCGACUGAAGCUCCAGUAGCUGUACACGGAGUUGCCGCCGACCCUUUCUCCACUCCUCCGUCCGCUCUUUCUCUUCGUCAACUCAGCCUCGCUGCUGUCAGGUCAGCCGUGUGGACAGACAGACAGCAGCAGCCAUGGAGCAGAAGUCGUACGUCGAGUACCAUGACCUGGAGGCUGCCGAAGCGCUCGUCAGCAUGAGCUUCUGGGGUCAAAGGUCGCACAAGCCCCGCCCACUGACGCCCACCUCUGACUCCUGUGACUCUAUCCAACUCCACUCGGAGGGCACAGAUACACCAAAAGACCUGAUCGCCCUCUCCUCGCUGUGUAUAACUCCGCCUCAAAGUCCAAGCUUCGCCGAGGCCUCUGCAACCCCCAUCCUCACCAUCGCCUCCAAACCGCACUUACCCUCCCCCGCCCUUCACAGUGACCCCCAUGCCGUCACUUCAGAGACCUCAGCACUUGCACCUCACUCAGAGUCAACCCGUGUGGCUCCGCCCAGCAGAGCGAUGGCCACCAGUGUCAUCCGCCACACCGCUGACAGCCUCAGCCUUCCUCUGCCCAACACCGAGCUGUCAGAAACUUCCACGCAGCCUCUGCCACCACUUCUGCAGACGCUUCCAGAGGAGAAGGACGACCCUCCCCCAACUCCCGACACCCCCCCAUCGCCUCCCGCCUCAGCUUCUCCACCUCACUCGCUGUCUUCCUCACCGCUGCUCUGCCAGGUUUUCCCGGUGAACGGCCGAACGGGGAUGAUCUCCGCCUUCGUCCAGGCCCCAGUUCAGGUGCAGGGGCCGGGCGGGCCCAAGCCAAUCCUUCCCCAGUCUCCCACUUCCAGCUUCGCCCAGCCGCUGCUGCUGGGCUCCGCCGUGCCACAAGGGACUGUGAUGUUUGUGGUGCCACAGCCACCCGUGCCCCAGCCGCAACCAGGCCCGCAGACCGUCAUGACCUUGGGCAACACCAAGCUCCUCCCACUCGCCCCAGCUCCUGUUUACAUGCCGUCAGGAGCGAACAGUGGCACCUCGCAGGCAGACUUCUCUCGCAGACGGGACUACGUGUGCACCUUCCCUGGGUGCAAAAAGACCUACUUCAAGAGUUCACACCUCAAGGCUCACCUGCGCACACACACAGGUGAGAAGCCAUUUAGCUGUCACUGGGAGGGCUGUGACAAGCGGUUCGCCCGCUCCGAUGAGCUUUCCCGCCACCGCCGCACGCACACUGGUGAGAAGAAGUUUGUCUGCAGCGUGUGUGAACGGCGGUUCAUGCGCAGCGACCAUCUGACCAAACACGCCCGACGGCACAUGACUACCAAGAGGCCGUCAUCGUGGCCCGGCGAAACCCGAGACCUCAGCAAAGGCGCCCUGCCAAAGGGUCAGAACAGAGGACCGGCACUUCCCGUUGGCGUGCUGGUUCCUGCUGCCAACUAACUAACAGACUAGUGUCACUCACAGGGCCAUCUCAGGAGCCCCGGGGGGAGGGGCCAAACACCGACCAGACUCUUAAAGAGUGACUGUGACUGGUUGUUUCAAUCAGCUCCGCCCACCACAUCAGGACGAUGUUUUGUACUCGGCUACGUUUACACGACCUCAGAACAGGGUCAGACACACCUGGACUCAUUUUACAGGGACCUGUC